AUGGCGCUUGUGACCGAGUUAUUGAGCACUCCUUAUAUUGUUCAGAGUAUCUGUAUUGCGCUCCUGGUGGUGUUUAUUUCCAGUGUAUGGGAUGAUGUCUCUGAUGAGAUUCCCUAUGCUCGAUUUCCUCUGGUUGGGAAAAGCUGGUGGGAUCUUUCCAACAAGAAGGCCAAGUCUAGAUUCAGUCAAUCAGCGCGGGCUUUGAUUGCGGAGGGCUUUACCAAGGGCCGCGAUAUAUUCCAGGUCAUGGCUCCAACCAGGCCAUUGAUUGUCUUGCAUCCAAAGUAUAUCGAUGAAAUCAAGAGUCAUCCCCACCUAGACUUUGAUGGUGCUACUCAAAAACACUUCUUCUCGGGUCGUAUCGCCGGCUUCGAACCCUUCCAUGCGAAUGGAGCAUCUAGGGUCCUCUUGGAUUCGGUGCGAAUCAAGCUAACUCAAGCCCUUGGUGGCCUGACAAUACCGCUCUCCAAAGAGACUGCUGUGACUGUGAAAGACGCUUUUCCCCCAUCGGAUGGAUGGAAGCCGUACAACUUUUCCCGCAAAGUGCCUUAUAUGGUAGCCCGUAUCUCCACAUUGGCUUUCCUCGGUCAGAAAGCCUGCCGCAAUGAGGACUGGAUCAACGUCGCCGUUCAUUACACGAUCGACUCCUUCAACGGGGCCCGCGAGCUACGGCUGUGGCCGUCCAUCUUACGACCGGUAGUGCACUACUUCCUACCAUCCAUCCAAAAGGUUCGCUACCAUCUUGGUGUAGCCCGGGCCAUUGUGAAACAAGAGAUUGAGGAGCGCAACAUGAUCCGCGAUAGCGGAUUGCCACCGGAUGAUCCACCUCAGGCCCAGGUCGAUGCCCUCGACUGGUUUGAGGAACUAUCUAAGGCAUACAACAUGCCUUUUGAUAUGACACGUGGGCAAGUUGCGCUGUCCUUGGCUGCUAUCCAUACGACCUCGAAUCUUCUCACAAACAUCAUGUACGACCUCGCAGCGUACCCGGAAUACCUCCUGCCUCUCCGCGACGAGAUUAUUGCCGUCAUCGCUGAGGAUGGUGAGCUCAAGAAGACUAGUUUGUUGAAACUGAAGUUGAUGGACAGUGUGAUGAAGGAGUCGCAGCGCACACACCCAAUUAGUAUGACGUCCCUAAAUCGCCUGGCCCUGAAAGCAGUCCCUCUAUCAGACGGUACAAUCAUCCCUAAAGGUGCCAUGAUUGCUGUCUCCGCCCACAUCAACCAAGACGAAACCAUCUAUCCGAGCCCCGAGAAAUAUGACGGCUACCGCUUUCUCAAGAAGCGCCAAGAACCAGGUCACGAGCACAAGCACCAAUUCGUGACAACUACCCGUGAAAGCUAUGGCUUCGGUCACGGUAUCCACGCUUGUCCGGGCCGCUUUUUUGCGGCUAACGAGUCCAAGAUCUUGCUAAUUCAUUUAUUGCUUAAGUAUGACUGGAAAUUGAAAGAUGAAAGCGGGCGGCCGAAGAGCUUUGAGAUGGGCAGCGAGAUUGUUACUGAUCCGACUGUCGAGUUGCUUGUCCGAUCUAGGGACCCCGGCCUUGAUCUUUCUGCCCUUGGAGAGGUAUCUGCAUAG